CCGCGGUCUCUUCCCACACACUCAUAGUGCUAUAAAAUCCACAGAGAGGAACGAGGACUCACUUUCUCCAGACCUUUGAAACACCAAGGAUGGGAACCCCAGCUCCCGGAGGCUUCCUCCUGCUGCUCUUGGUCGCACUGACUCCAACUCUGGCCCAAACCGGGUCACACUCGCUAAGCUAUCUUGACAUCGCUAUGUCCAGACCUGGCCUGGAGCCCCUGUACAUCUUCACUGGCUACGUGGAUGACACGCAGUUUGUGCACUUCGACAGCGAUGCGCAGAGUCAGAGAUUGGAGCCAAGGGGUCCGUGGGUGGAGAAGUUACCGCCAGAGUAUUGGGAGCAAUGGACGCAGACAGUCAAGAUCCGCAAACAUUUUGCCCCAGUUCUCCUACAGGCCGCUGCCAAAGAAUACAACCUGAGCCAGGACGUCUCUCACACUUUCCAGUGCUUGGAUGGCUGUGUCAUUGGGCGGGAUAGGCGCUUCCUACGAGGGUACAGUCGGCACGCCUUUGAUGGCCAGGAUUACGUUGCUCUGAACGACGACCUGAAAACAUGGAGAGUGGCUGACUCAGCGCCUCAGAUCACCGGGCAAACCUGGAAGAAGACUGUUUCGGCAGAGUCCCGCGGGACUUUCCUUGAGGUGGAAUGCGUCCGGAUUCUCCUCAGCUUCCUGGAGGCGGGCAAAGAGAUACUGUUGCGCACAGAUCCCCCAAAGGCACAUGUGACUCAUUAUCCCAGACCUGAAGGGGAUGUCACCCUGAGGUGCUGGGCUCUGGGUUUCUAUCCUUCGGAGAUCACCCUGACCUGGCAAAGAGAUGGGGAGGACCAGACCCAGGACAUGGAGUUGGUGGAGACCAGACCAGCAGGAGAUGGAACGUUCCAGAAGUGGGCAGCUGUGGUGGUGCCUUCUGGGGAAGAGAAAAGAUACACAUGCCACGUGGUCCAUAAGGGACUACCCAAGCCUCUUAUUCUGAAAUGGGAGACACCUCAGCCCACCACCCCCAUCGUGGGAAUCACUGCUGGUCUGAUUCUCCUUGGGGUUGUGGUCACUGGAGCUGUGGCUGCCACUGUGAUGAGGAAGAAGAGGAGCAGAGGAUCUCAUACCGUAUCCCAGGCAGGCUUUGAGCUCACUAUGUAGCUGUGAUGGCUAACCUUCAUCCGCUUCACUGGGUUUAGAAUCUCAUAGGAAAUGCAUCCAUAAUAUACUGUGAGAGGUUUCCAGACAGGAUGAACUGAAGAAGGAAAACUUACUCCGAAUUUGGUUGGUACCAUCCAUAGCCAGGGAUCCCAGACUGAAUAAAACAGGAAAACUGAGAAAAUCAGAUGAGAGCCAGUUUUCUACCUGAUUCCCCAUCAGUGGAGAUGUGAGAAGUCUCAGUCAGUGUCUCUAAUGCCAUGAGCUCUAUCACUCCUAUGCCAAGGUGGUCUGUACUUCAGUUACAAACCAAAAUAAACUCUUCAGGUGCUCUGUCUGGCCUUUGUCACAACAGUGAGAAAAGUAAGUAAUGCAGAAACCCAGGCUGGCCUCCAAGUUCCAGCGAUGUGGGGGUUAUAGGUUUGGACUACCACAUCUGGCUCCCGAAAUCAUUUGUGUAACAAGAUAUAAUGGAUACACAGCCCAGUAGUUCCCUGUCUACAUCAGUCUUUCUAAGUGAUCUCAACAGCAGCAGCUUCUGUUCCAAGUCUAGAAUUUCAGAUCACUGUCAGACUUCCUGAAUUUUGUUGAGAUAUCUAGAAAACGCUUGUACAUAGUGAAACCUGGGGCUUCCUGGUCUAUGGGCCUUCAAGACUUACGGCUUUCUCAUGUAUCUGGAAGUGUUUCCCUCAGUGUUUUCUUCUAGCAGUUUCAAAAUUUUGUUACAUUAAAUUCUUGGCCUGUUUUCAAUUUACAAAAAUAAAUAAAAACAAAAACAGGGUAAUAGCAAUGCAGUGUUAUUUUUCUACUGUUUACUGAAAAAGUUUGUUUUUUCAAUGUAUUUUUUGAUACUGUUGUUGAAAAUCAAGUGGCUAUAAGCAGGGUUUAUUUCUGCAUCCUCACCUCUUUUAUUGGCCAAUAUGUCUGUUUCUAUGCCUGUACCAUGCUGGUUUUGUUAAUUUGAGAUAGGUACUGCAAUUCUUCCGGCAUUGCUCUUUCUGCCAACAACUACUUUGGCUUUUCUCCUUCCAUCUGAGUUUUAGCAUUACUUUCUCUCAUUCUUUGAAAAAUGUCAUUGAGAUUUUUGUGGGACUUAACACUGAAUUUCUAGAUUGCUUUCAGAAUUACAGUCAAAUUCAGAAUAUUAAUUCUGUAUAUUCAUGAAAAUCUUCUAGUACAUAUCUGUUUGUUCACAAAGGGUCUUACAGUGCCUUCCUACAUUUCUUUCUAACUGUUUUCUGUUUGUUUGCUUGUUUAUGUAGAACAGAUUGGCCCCAAAGAUUUUGCUUUCUGAGUUCUGGAUUAGAGCUGAGUCACCAGGUCCAGUCUUCUUUGGUACCUACAGUUUUACUUAUAGAUACCUUUAACCUCUUGAUUUAGGUUUAUUCCUAGGUAUUUAGUACUUUUUCAUAGCAGCUCUGAAUGAGAUUGCUUUCCCAAUCUUUCUCACUCUGUUCCCUGUUACUUUACUGAAAGUAUUUUAUGCAAUUUCAAAUAUAAGAACAUGUCAUCUAUAAAUAAAGAUCAUUUGAUGUCUUCCUUUA